UAAAAAUCACCCGACAUGCUUUUCUGCAGGGCCGAAAAGAAGAAUCGUCAUGAUGCAGUUCGCUGGUGGCUAACGUGACAAACCUUCUUAAUUUCAGUUCAAUAAAGUUUGAGACGCUCAUGUUUCUUCAGAGAAAGGCGUAAAGAAGAAUCUAGCCAGCUAAUGAGCGCUAGAUAGCUAACUCAGCAGCGGAGAUUGUCGGUAUAGCGGGGUCACCAUGGCGACAGAUGUUGGCUCGCCGCAGCGGUUCUUCCACAUGCCGCGUUUCCAGCACCAGGCGCCGCGGCAGGUCUUCUACAAGAGGCCGGACUUCGCCCAGCAGCAGGCGAUGCAGCAGCUCACCUUCGAUGGGAAGCGCAUGAGGAAGGCUGUGAACCGCAAAACCAUCGACUACAACCCAUCUGUUAUCCGACACCUGGAGAACCGCUUGUGGCAGCGAGACCAUCGAGACUUCCGAGCCAUCCAGCCCGACGCGGGAUGUUAUAAUGACCUGGUUCCCCCUGUGGGCAUGUUGAACAACCCAAUGAACGCAGUCACCACAAAGUUUGUCCGAACCUCCACCAACAAAGUCAAGUGUCCCGUGUUUGUGAUCAGGUGGACUCCUGAAGGUCGACGUCUGGUCACUGGAGCCUCGAGUGGAGAGUUCACUCUGUGGAACGGACUCACCUUCAACUUUGAGACCAUUUUACAGGCCCACGACAGUCCGGUUCGGGCCAUGACCUGGUCUCAUAACGACAUGUGGAUGCUGACGGCAGACCACGGCGGCUACGUCAAGUACUGGCAGUCCAACAUGAACAACGUCAAGAUGUUCCAGGCUCACAAGGAGGCCAUUAGAGAAGCCAGUUUUUCUCCAACAGAUAAUAAAUUUGCCACCUGCUCGGACGACGGCACAGUUCGUAUCUGGGACUUCCUGCGCUGCCACGAGGAGCGAAUCCUGCGAGGUCACGGUGCUGAUGUAAAGUGUGUCGACUGGCAUCCCACUAAAGGUCUGGUGGUGUCCGGAAGUAAAGACAGCCAACAGCCAAUCAAAUUCUGGGAUCCAAAGACAGGACAGAGUCUGGCGACAUUACACGCCCAUAAGAACACAGUGAUGGAGGUGAAGUGGAACCUGAACGGUAACUGGCUGCUGACGGCGUCACGUGACCACCUGUGUAAACUGUUUGACAUCAGAAAUCUGAAAGAGGAGCUGCAGGUGUUCAGAGGACACAAGAAGGAGGCGACAGCUGUGGCCUGGCAUCCUGUCCAUGAGGGUCUGUUUGCCAGCGGGGGCUCUGAUGGUUCUCUGCUCUUCUGGCACACCGGGGUGGAGAAGGAGGUUGGAGGGAUGGAGAUGGCUCAUGAGGGGAUGAUCUGGAGUCUGGCCUGGCACCCGCUGGGUCACAUCCUCUGCUCCGGUUCCAAUGACCACACCAGUAAAUUCUGGACGAGGAAUCGGCCAGGUGAUAAGAUGAGAGACCGUUACAACCUGAACCUGCUGCCUGGGAUGUCAGAGGACGGCGUGGAGUACGAUGAUGUGGACCUGAACAGCGUGGCCUCCAUCCCCGGUAUGGGGAUCCCUGAGCAGCUGAAGGCAGCCAUGGAGCAGGAGCAGAGCAGUAAAGAGACGGCCCCUGAGGUAGAGAUGUCCAUUCCUGGUCUAGACUGGGGCAUGGACGAGGUCAUGGGUAAAGACACCAAGAAGGUCCCGCAGAAGAAAGUCCCAUACGCCAAACCGAUCCCAGCGCAGUUCCAACAGGCUUGGGCAGAGAAUAAAGUACCCAUGAUGCCACCUGGCGGAGACCUGUCCAAAGACAGGAAGGUGGAGCAGAAAGUGGACAUGAAGAAGAAAACUCAGGCAGAGAUCGAGCAGGAGAUGGCAGCUUUGCAGUACACCAACCCCAUGCUGCUGGAGCAAAUGAAGAUGGACCGGAUGAACCAGAUGAACACAGAAGGGAGCAUGGGCCCCCCACAAGGACAGGGACCUAUGCCCCCCUUCCCUGGCCCUGGAGGUCCCGGAGGUCCAAUUCCUCCUGGCCAACAGGGCUUUCCCCCAAACAUGCCUCCUCAGACGAUGCCCAACAACAUGGGUCCUCCCAUGGGCCCUGGAGGCAUGCAGCCUCCUUUCAUGCCCCCUGGACAAAUGGGGCCACCCUCUGGACCACAGGCUCACCAGGGCCCCCCUCAGAGCAUGAUGGGACCACCAGACAUGCCAGGACCGCAAGGUAUGCAGAGACACCCUGGCCCUCCCAGAAACAUAGGUCCCCAAGGGCCUCAUGGUAUGGGGCCCAGAGGGAUGCAGGGACCCCCUGCGGGGAUGAUGGGCCCACCUCCUCGAGGAAUGGGACCAAGGGAUCCUCAGGGGCCUCCACCUCAGGGGAACAUGAUGCCACCUCAGGGUCCCAUGCAGGGUGGAAUGAUGGGCCCUCCACCCAGGACACACGGCAACAUGCCAAGCAACUAUGGGAUGGGCAACAUGCAGGGGCCUCAGGGUGGGAUGCACGGGCCUCCAGGAAAUAUGCAGGGACCCCCAGGUAACAUGCAAAGCCCACAUGGAAACAUGCAGGGGGCCCAAGGAAACAUGCAGGGACCCCAUGGAAAUAUGCAGGGGCCUCCAUAUAUGGAGCAUCAGGGUCAGAACUCGGGGCCUAUGAUGCAUGGGAUGGGGCAGCAGGGACCCAGCAACAAAGGUGACCCUCGGGGGCUUCCACCCAACCACCACAUGGGCCAUCCUGACCGACAGGGUCCUGGAGGACCAGACCAGGGUUCAGGUCCUUAUUGGGGGGACAAUCAACAGGGUCGGCGUGGGCCGCAGGACUUUGAUGGAGCCCAGGACUUCCACAGCAGAGGAGAGGAGGGCUGGAGACCUGGACCAGGAUACCAAGGAGGAGGAGGGGGGGGCCACAGGGGUGGAGGACACCGAGGGGGGGGGAAUGGGGGCAGCUGGGGCCCCGAUGAGAGGUUCAGCGGAGGAGAGUUUAGAGGACGGAGAGACGACCGGUUCAGAGGAGGAGGCCCCGGCCGGCCCGGAGCUCGAGGCUACCCUGAUGAGUACGGUGGCCAGGAGGAAGGCUUUGAUGGCCCGGAGGAGGUGGGUCGAGGCUGGGACAAUGGAGGAAGGGGGAGGCCACCUCGAGGAGGAGUUCCACCCAGAGCAGGAGGUCAUGAUGGUUAUCGGGACGGUCAGCCGAUGCAUGAUGGGUCAUCUCCAGCCGGCCGUGAGCGCCCGUCCUCCAUGCAGGGGAUGGACAUGGCAUCUCUGCCUCCCCGCAAGCGUCCAUGGCAGGAUGGUCCAGGAACUGGAGACCCCCGAGAGAGAGACUCACCGGGAGCUGAUGGAGGUCGUCCCCCUCAGAGGGAAGACGGGGGUUACGGUCCAUCCGGUCGAGGUGGACGAAGUGGCUGGGGACCUGGAGGAGGACCGGGACCUGUUCCCAGGAGGGGAGGACCAGCACCCAGAGGACCACCGAGGGGGGGCGGACGGGGCCGGUAGUCUUUAAGAAAAAGUUCCUAUAAUCCUCUUCUCCUGGUGGUCCCUCCACAGGCCCAAGAAACAAACUGUUGGUCAUGUGACACAUUCAGACCUCUGCUGCUGUGAAGGACGGUGGUUUGUGAUUGGUCCGUACUGACUGAGCGGACAGGUGGAUGGACAGUCUGUGUCCACCUCACUGAAGCACAGGCUUCUUUUAAUGUACAAUACUGUCUGUUCAUUUUAUUUCACAGUCAACACUUUGUCCUGUUGCUUUUUGUAAAAGAUUUCUAUGUUUUUGUGUUUUCACCGACUCCACUGAGGUGGACAAUAAAGAUUCACACUUCAGCUCCA